GCAAACACUAAAAAAAAAACGAAAAACAGGAUACUUGGCGAAUUCUUGAUAAACUAAAAAUGGUAAGGAACAUUAGCGAGCCAUGUCUUGCAGAGAAAUGAUAUCAUGGAGCUAGGGAACACGUUAGACCCUGUAGUGUGAGCAUUUGGGAAAUGAUUGGCACGUUUGAAAACAACUACUUUUAUGUCAUACUAUUGUUUUGUCUGUUAACAGAGUGCAUUGAAGAAAAAAAACCGCCGUGCUCUUUCAUGACCCUGAUGAAAUACAAAACCUCACAUAAAAAAUAGAUCAAAUACUAUGCUCUCUAAGCUCAGCUUGUAUAUAGAAAAAUACUCAGGACGCGCUUUCUAAUUUAAGACAACUCCUACCGGGAACACCGCGUUGGUGGAUUUGGAGUAAGAAAGAUGGGGUUCUUUACAGUACUACUGUUCACCGUGGUUUAUUUAAGUUCUUUUAUCGAUGCCCGUGAUGUUUAUCCUAGCCGGGAGCGGGAUAAAACUCAAGUUACUUACAACAACAAUUCAAUAUCGUCCAAAGGCGAAAGUUGCGUGGAGGCAAAACCAUCCGCUGACCAGCGCCUUGCAAAAGUUAUCUGCCAUCCAUACCGUCCAAUCGCCAGAAAGGUAGAUAAAAACGUGAUGAGGACUGAGGUUUGCAGGUCGAUAGUGGGUGAUGAUCUGUUAUUCGCUACACCGGCCGAGCAAGAAUGGCGUGAGAAUCUUUUCGUGACGUACACAAUACGCUCACGAGUUGGACAAGUACCACGCAUGCCCGAAUCUCCGAGUCGACUGCUGACUAAGUUUUGUUGGCAGCUUAUCGUACACAUGUACUGCAGAUUCUUUUUACCAAAAUGUGACAUGACGUCAUCCAGACCUCGGGCUCAGCCUAUUUGUAGAGAUGCGUGCCGGGAAUUUAAGAACCAGUGUCAGAGGGAAUGGACUCACGCACAAAGGAAAUUCAAGAGGGUGUCGUGGGCGGUGCAGAAACUUGCCUCUGGGAUGGAGAGAAGUUCUUCGCUCAUGUGGUGUAGGAACCUGCCCAGACGAAGAGGACCAGAUAUUCCAGAAUGUUAUUAUCCUAAAAUGUUGAAAGAAAAGAAAGAAAACCCCCGACCGUUUACGGACACUUGUUUCUAUGAUGACGGUCGGACAUACAACGGCAGUGUGUCUGUAACACGGUCCGGUCACAAGUGCCAGUCCUGGAAUUCCCAGUGUCCUCAUCGGCACCACAGAACACCAGAAAAUUAUCCUGAACAGAAUGGUGCUGGCAAUGCAUGUCGGAACCCUGGUGGUCAGGCCCCUCACGGUCCCUGGUGUUACACUACAAAUGUAACGCAGAGAUGGGAGUAUUGCAAUGUGAUCAAGUGUGAAACACUAAAGGAAAGCAAAGGAUGAGAAAGUGAAAGAAACGGCCACCAAACUGUCUCCUUCACUCACCCACCCACUCACCCUCUUUAAAGAAAAUGUACAUAGUGAUCAGAAAACGUAAUAGUAGCCUGCGUUGCUGGCGGUCUGCGGU